AUGGUGAGCAACUCCAUUGUUUUUUACAUUUCCCUAUCCUUUGUUGUACUAAUAGUUCUUGUUUUUCAAAAUUUUCGAAAGGCAGUCAUCUUCAAAUGGUCUGUCCACAGGAAACAAAUGAAACUCCCUCCAGGGCCAACUGGGUUACCCGUCUUUGGGUGUCUAAUCCAAAUGCUUGUUAACAAGCCAACCUUCAGAUGGAUUCACAAUCUGAUGGAUGAGAUGAACACUGAAAUUGCUUGUAUCCGUCUUGGUAAGGUGCAUGUUGUUUCUGUGACUUCUCCUGAACUUGCACGAGAGUUCUUGAAGAAGAAGGACAUAACCUUUGCAUCAAGACCAGAUUUCAUGUCUGCAAGAUUGACUAGCAAUGGGUACUUAACUACAAUACUUUCACCCGUGGGUGAUCAAUGGAGGAAAAUGAGGAGGGUUCUUUCUUCACAUAUUCUUUCACCAGCAAAGCACCUUUGGCUUCAAGAUAAAAGAGUGAAGGAAGCUGAUAAUCUUGUUCGUUAUGCCUAUAAUCAGUGCAAGAAUUCUUUGGAAGCUGGUGGUUUGAUCAAUGUAAGAAUGGCAGCGCAACAGUACAGUGGAAACGUGAUCAGACAGUACAUAUUCAGUAAAAGUUACUUUGGAAAAGGUAUGGAAGAUGGAGGGCCAGGUACUGAAGAGGAAGAGCACAUUGAGGCAAUCUUUUCAAUUCUGUCUCAUCUCUACUCGUUCAGCAUUGCAGACUAUGUCUCCUGGUUGGAGAUCUUCGACUUCGAUGGCUAUAAAGGGAAGCUGAAGAAAGCUAUUGGGAAUCUAACUGAAUACCAUGAUCCUGAAAUAGACCAUAGGAUUCAGAUGUGGAAAAGUGGGAGCAAGGCAAAUGAAGAAGAUAUUCUUGAUGUUAUGAUAAACUUGAAGGACUCAGACGGUUCUCCGCUUUUGACAACUGAAGAGAUUAAAGCCCAAAUUAUUGAAAUAAUGAUAGCCACAGUGGACAAUCCAUCAAAUGCUGUUGAGUGGUCACUUGCAGAGAUGGUUAAUCAACCUGAGAUUUUGAAAAGGGCUACCGAAGAAUUGGACGAAGUGGUCGGAAGAGAUACACUAGUUCAAGAAUCAGAUCUAACGAAGUUGAACUAUGUGAAGGCCUGCGCAAAAGAGGCAUUUAGGCUCCAUCCUAUAGCACCCUUUAAUGUUCCACAUGUAUCUACAGAAGAUUCAAGUAUAGCUAGCUACUUUAUCCCAAAGGGUAGCCAUGUGAUACUAAGUCGUCGUGGUCUUGGUCGCAAUCCAAGAAUUUGGGAAGAGCCUUUAAAGUAUAAGCCUGAGCGUCACCUCAAUGAUGAUGGCUCGGAAGUUGUUCUUGUGGAUUCUAAACUGAACAUGUUAUCAUUCAGUACUGGAAGGCGAGGAUGCCCUGGUGUUUUACUUGGUUCUACCUUGACUACAAUGCUAUUAGCUAGGCUGAUUCAAGGGUUCACUUGGAGUGCCCCAUCUAAUGUGCCAAAUAUUGACUUAAAUGAGUCCGAGGAUAAUCUCUUGCUUGCUAAGCCAUUGUUCCUACAAGCGAAACCUAGACUGUCUGAUAAUGUGUAUCAGCAACUUUGA